AUGUCGUCUCCACACGAAACCAGAGUCCAAGACUUUGCAUCCGCUCCACCCGCUCCCAACCAGCCAGAGCGGUCUGCCUCAGAUUCGGCCGCGCCUCCACAUUUGACCAUCGAUACACAGCUCGACGAGCAGAGACGUCGCGGCCGCUCUGCAACUGCCACAACCGCGACUGCGGCACAUCCCAACCCAGAGGAACUCCUUUCCCCUGAUCGCUUCUCGGUAGACUCGACCCUGCGCCGACGCAUAACGCGCUCACACACGGUAAAGCACUACAGUCCCCACCAGUCCCCUACGCGCCCAUACCAGCACCAGGAGCCAGGCGCUGAGCCGGGUGUCGACACGAAGAACGAAACCGAAGCAGCCAACUACCACCACCUCUACGCACGAUGCCAAAUCACCGUUGUAGACUUCUCCGACGAGCGCGUCGAGUGCCAUGAACUGGACAAUGAUACACUCGAGGACUUUCUCAACUAUCCAAAAGAAGACUGGGUGGCAUGUAGGUGGAUCAACGUCAACGGCUUGUCCUGGGACGUGAUUCGCACCCUGGGAAACCACAAGCAACUGCACAGGCUGGCGAUUGAGGAUUUGAUGAGCACCCAGAGCAGGACCAAGGUGGACUGGUACUCUGACCAGGCCUUCUUGCUCCUGACUCUGUCUAAGCUUGUCCGGACGCCCAUGGACGAGGACUCUGAGAGCGACUCUGAUUCCGACUCUGACGACAGCGAACGACGACGGCACAAGGCCCGAUCACGGUCCCGCUCGCGCCAUUCGCAGAAGAAGAAGAAGCCGAAGAAGCCAUCGCUGUUCAAGACGGCAAAGAAUCUGCUCUUUCCCAAGAGCGAGGCCAACAAGCAGAUGCGCCAGGAUGAGAUGAUGAGUACACUAGACGGCCUGGAGAAGCAACUUGACGGCACGCCUUUCGAAAAGGUCAAAAUGUCCACUCCCCCAGCGACCACCGCCGUACGCACCCUCCAACGAUACCGCGGUGGUUACAACCUCGAUCGGAUUGUCUAUCUCGAACAGCACUCGGCCCUCACCGAAAAGCACCUCACGGUCAGCGUGGAGCAAGUCAGCAUCUUCUUGCUUGCCGACAACACAGUAAUCUCCUUCUUCGAGCACUCGGCCGACGAUGUCGAAGACAUGAUUCUAAAACGUCUCCGAACAGAAGACACCAUCCUCCGCCGCAGCCAAGACAGUAGCAUGAUUGUGCAAGCCAUCAUCGACGCCAUUGUCGAUCUCGCCAUCCCCGUGGUCGCCGCCUACGAAGACGCAAUGGGCGAGCUGGAACUCGACGUCUUGGAGGACCCUGAACUGCACCACUCUCAGCUCCUCUACCUGCUCACUUCUGAACUGUCUAUCCUGAGGAAUACCAUUCAGCCCAUUGUCUCCCUGAUCAACUCUCUCCGCGACCACAAGGCUGAUCCCAUGGCCCAGGCUGUGCAGGCUAUGACUAUAAAUUCGCAUCCGUCGUCGAAUAAUCUCGCUACUCGCAAGACAAUGUCUAGCAUCAAUAUUAGUCCUUUGGCACACACAUAUCUGGGCGACGUGGAGGACCACUGCAUCAUGAUUACAGCCAGCCUUGAUCAAAUGCGUCGCGCAGCCGACAACCUCAUCGACCUCAUCUUCAACGUCAUGGGCGCUUACCAAAACGAAAGCAUGAAGAUACUCACCGCCGUAACCAUCUUCUUCCUUCCCUUGACUUUCCUCGUCGGAUACUUUGGUCAGAAUUUCGAACGCUUCAAUGGCGUGCAACACCACUCGGAUGCCUUCUUCUGGAUCAUCGCUGUGCCCGUCAUGGUUAUCACGCUGCUUGUGCUCAUGGCUGAUCGCAUUGCGAGGAAGGUGAGGGGUUGGAUGGGUAAGCUGAAACGCCGCGAGGCUAAGAGACGAGCGGUGAGGAAGGGGAAGGUGGGUGGGAAUGGGAUCUUGGGCGAUGGGAUUGGAUUGAGUAAUGGGUUGGUGAGUGGGAAUGGACUAUUGCGCAAGGACGGAAGCAGGGGGAUGAGUCAGGGGCAGGGGAUGAGGCAUAAGAGGAGGCAGACUCUGUAUAGUAAGGGGAAUAUUGGGAGUUUUUAG